AUGUCAUACUAUAAUAGCCAACGAACUCCCAACAAGGUUUUGCAGCCGACAAGACGCCAUAAUAUUGAUGGAUAUUCGUCAAAUUUGAAGCUGAAGGAGACUUUUGAUCUGGACCUAGAUAAGUUAGCAAGAGAGUUGAAUGUGUCACCCACUAGAAAUAGGCCUUCUACAAGGCAUGUAUUUACCUCAACUGCAUUUGGUACGCCGUCUGCUACCGUUUCGUCAUUUAUAUCAGCUUCCCCUAAGGCAUCCUCCUCAUUAUCACCCCCAUCAUCGUCAUCGUCAUCGUCGUCGUCGUCGACAACAACAGCAGCAGCAAAAACAAAAACAAAAACAAAAACAACACUUGAUGGCAUUGCGUCUCGUCGUGAAAGAUAUCAAGCGGCUGCUGCUACAACCACCAGCUCUGAUGAAACUCCAAGUUGGGCUAAACAAGACUAUCGCAAAAUAUUGAACAAAUCUCCAUCCAAAGUUGUUGGUUCAUAUAACUCCAGAGCUCAUGCUCCGAGAACUCCGGGAACUACUCCAAGUUCUUCGCCGACAAAAUACUCCGCGGGUGUUCCAGGGGAUCACACUUCUCCUGGGUACGAAUAUCUUUGUCGAAUAGAGGCGAUAAAACUCUGGCUACAAGAAGUCUUGGAUGACCAAAUUGAACAGACUGCAGUAGAACUAAUCCCAUACAUUCGAAACGGUAUCCAUCUAGCUAAAUUAGCCAAUGCUAUAUUACCGACGCAGCGCAAAGUCUUUACAGAUGAUACUAGAUUGCAGUUCAAGCAUACAGAGAACAUCAAUAGAUUUUUCCAUUUGCUAGAUUUUUUGAAUAUGCCGGAUUUAUUUCGCUUUGAACUCACCGACCUUUAUGAUGCCAAGAAUAUUCCCAAAGUUUGGUUCUGUUUGCAUGCACUAAGCUAUAUUUUACAUAGGAGUGACUCGAGGUACCCUAAAAUGAAGGAUUUAGUCAAUGUAUUGACUUUCACUCAGGAUGAUAUUAAAGCUGCAAAUAAGGCCUUGGUAGGUGCACCAUUGCCGAAAUUUUCUGGUGCCGAUAUUGGAAUUGACGGUGACACCAAAUUCAUGGAUGCAGUAAGUUCACCUAUAAAGCUUUCUUCAAAAGCGAGAACACGUAGUGUUGUUGACCAAAGCCCAUUCAUUGAUACUCCAAAAUCUCCAUCAAAACAAUUGCAGUCACCAUCAAAGACGACAAGACCAGUCGACAUACCCCCAAAAACCCGCAUCAACACUUCUUUGCUGCAAGAGCAGGAAAGUAUCAAACGGAAUCGUGAUUUUACCGGAUCUGGAACUGAGCUUGAACAAGUAAGUCCAUACCUUGUCAAAUUGCAAGCACUUUGCCGUGGUGCCAAUUUUCGUUAUUCAAUGUUUGCCAACAGGAUUCUUCUUAAAUCGUUUUGUGAUGAGUUAACUACUUUCCAAUCUGUUCUUAGAGGUGCCAAAGUGCGCAGAUUAACAAUUCAUAAACAUAGAGAUAAAUUGCAAGGUCAUAACCACAUGUUGGUGCAAUUACAAUCAAUCAUACGUCGCAAGCUAUUGAUGAGCAAAAAACCAAAGGUUUCUUCUAAAGAGACUUUCGACGAAACCGAGCAAUUGCAAAGCAUAUGCCGAGGAUUUAUGGUGAGAAAUAAAUUGGAAGAAACGAAGCAAAAAUUGGAAUUAGAAACCUCUCUAUAUCAAACUGUCAAGUUGCAAUCGAUCGUUAGAAUGAAAAAAGUUUCGAAAUUAACCAGUAUCGUGCUUUUACAAAGCAAGGAUUUUCAUACAAAUAUGAUCGAUUUCCAAUCAAUCAUCCGUGCCAAGCUUUACUCAAAAUACUCAACAGUGGCAUUUGACGAUAUUAGUGGUAUCGUUGAAUUGCAAGCAAUGGCCAAAAGAAAUUUGGUGAUUGAUGAGAUCAACUACAAGCAUAGUGUAAUCCGUUCAUGCAAAAGAAAAAUAAUAGAUUUUCAAAGCAUUUGCAGAGGUGCAAUUUCGAGAACUAGAAUAUGCAAUGGCGUUUUAAUCACACUAAUGCAUGAGGAUGAUGCAAUCAAUGAGUUAUUUGCCAUUGCAAGAGGUAAACAACUAAGAGCUAAGUUCCAUGCGGUUAAAGCAGAGCUACAGAUGCUUGAACAUAAAUCUGUGCUUCCUGUGCAGACUUUAUUUCGUGGUAUACUUUCUCGUUAUCAAAAAGAAGUGGUUCUUGAUGAUGUGUACCUGUACAUUGAUCAAAUUAUUACCUUGCAAUCAUAUGUCCGAAGUCUGCGUACUAGACGUACAUUUGAUGCCGUAAACGAAUAUUACCAUCAGCGUGUGCCGGAAAUAGUGCAUGCUCAAGCUAUAAUAAGAAAAGUAUUGGCACAAAGAGCGUAUCGUGCAUUUAUUUCUAAUACGCAGCCAACUUUACCUGUGGUGCGUAAAUUUGCAUUCUUGUUGAUUGAAACGGAGGCAGAUAUUGAAGAAGAGCGCAAGCUAUCCCGUUCAAGAGAACGUGUUGUUGAAUUGUCCAAGAUCAACGAAAACUUGGAAUCAGAAAUCGAAAACUUUGACUUUAAGCUUACUUUAUUGGACAAGAACAAGAUUACCGUUGAUGAGUUUGCCAAGCUGAAUCAUCUUAGGCACAGUAUGAGGCUACCAGAGGAAAUGAACCUUAAGGGUUUGAGCAAGACCAUACGGGCAAGAAUAGAAUGUUACCAGCGCCUAGUGUAUCUCUUGCAGACUAGACCGGAGUAUUGGGGUCGAUUAUUUCAAUCUUUUGACCAUCAUCAAUUUAAAAACAGUCAACAAUACCGCGACUUGUUUACUUGUCUUUUGCAAAUCUUUGCAUAUGAACAAACCUCAACAAGCACUCAUUCUAGAGAGGAGCGUUACUUUAUCAAAUUUAUACUCACCCUUAUGCAAAAUGACAUUGUUCAAUCUCAGACUUUGAGUGAUAUUACAAAAGUCCAUUUUACAUACUGGAUAGAGUAUUUGGCUCAUUUCAAUAGUCGUACAUCUCAAAGACAGCAUUUGAAGGCUCUUUUUGGUGCGUUUGUUAUUCAAACGACUGAGGAUGACGAAUUUGAUUUUGAAAGUGAUCCUACCUCAAUUCUUUCAACAAUCAUUGCCAAGGAAAUCAGGGUUACCGGAACCAGCACGAAAAAGCCUACUAGUGAUCCACAAGAAGCCAUAAGAUGCCCUGAGGUCUCAACUCAAUUUGUUCGAAACUUGACUUCUUUAAGGGAACACUGCCAUGAGUUUUUUGGCAAGGUGCAAAAAUGUGUUGACAAAAUUCCACACCAUAUACGUGUUCUAUGCCGUGAAGCAUAUGUACUCUCAAAAUCACGCUAUCCUGAAAAAUCUAGUAAACAACACAUGGCUGUUGCUGGCGUUGUGUUUUUCAAGCACUAUAUUGGAUCUAUAUUUAACACACCUGAGAACUACGGUAUUCGGUUGAAACAGGAUUCCAAGGAGAAGAUUAAUCUUCACCAAAUGUAUAGAGUUUUGCUACAGCUAUUCAGUAUGCAUCCAUUUAGCGACAAUUUCUUGAAGCCGCUUAACGAUUACAUAUUGUCGAUGAGCGAUCCUGCUGAAUUGCUUAUCCAAGAAAUUAUAGACAUACAAAGCGAUGCAUAUGACAUUGGCGAAUAUGAGGACCUCAUGAGUACUACGAAACCAUAUGUCAAGAUAAAGGCAAAUUCAAUGAUUUUCCUCGAAAGAAUCGUGACUAAUAAUCUUGAAACUAUGGCCCCCGAUUUUAACGACCAGCUUGUUACAGUGAUGAGUAACCUCAAUAGCAUCGUUAGCUCUUCCAACGACUUUGUCAUUUUAAACGAUUUGAACGUAUUGACAUUUGCCUUGAACUCGUCUGCCUUGGAUGAGUCAAUAACGGAUACAAAGACCAAGUUUUUGUUUGCACAAGCAAAAAGAUGUUUGCUCUACAUAAUGAGAGUGCAAGAACAAGGAGACGAUUUGUUGGAGCUAUUGAUCUCAGGAAUCAAACCUGCGGAUGAACAAAAGUUCCAGGAGAUAUUGAAUGCUGAGAAUGAGGAUAAUAAUGUUAAAGCGGGACAUCGUUCAAAAGCUGUGAUUGGAAACACCGAAGUAGUGACUUAUCAUGAGUUGAAAAGAAAAUGUUUGGAAGACAUUUUGAAGCUAGAGACAAUGGGUCAUUUGACAAGAAAGAAUUCAUUCCAAGAGUUGCUAAAUCAAAUAUCCGAUGAUAUAAGGAAAAAAGGUACCGAGAGAUGGACUAGAUUUGAGCAGAUUAAAAUGUUGGAAAUGACGUGCAAGAAAAUCACUGAUAAGGAAAAGUUUUUGCGCAAGCAAUUGCAGGAGUACAAAAGACAUGUUGACCAAAUUCUUGUUGACUCUCAAGUGAUACCAAAGGAUAAAAAGUUGUUCAACAUCAUUCCGCUUUUCAGCAAGCAAUAUUUUUACCACAGAGAAUUACGUAGGCGCAACAAGACACCAAAGUUUGGCUCUCGUAUAGUUUCGGCUAAAAGGCUAAUGGAGCAAAAUGUGCUUUUAAGCUAUGGCUACGAUGCUCCACGGAAUAAGCUUGAACUUAUAUUCAGUUGUCAUGAAGUUGGCAAGUUCACAAUCGAAGUUGCCAAGGGUUCUGUUGUUGUUACUGGUGCAAGUGCUAUCGUCACUCUUGACGAGUUGUUAGCUUUACAGUAUGAGAAUAAGCCCAAGCUUUCGUUGUGCAGCAAUAACAUUGUAUUCGACUCGGGCAACAUCACAGCAUUCAUAUUCAAGACAUUCUACGAUGUUCAAGGUCAAAACUAG